AUGAGUGGCAUUGCUUUGAAGCUCACGUCUUUGUUAGUUAGAACGGUGGCAAAGCCAAUUGCAACUACAUUAAAAGCUCAAGCUAAAGAGAGGGAGCUUUUCAGACAAACAUGCAUUCGGAUAGCUCAGACGUUACAUCUGACAGACCUAAAGUUACGAAUGAGGCUUCUAGGAGAAAAACGUAUCAAAAUCCGACCCUUAAAUGAUAAAAAGGCAAUCGAGAAUGGUGCAAAUUUUUUGUCGGAGUUCUUCAUAUUUUCAGUCGCUGGAUCUCUUAUAUUCUAUGAAAGUUACAGGAGCCGCAAGAAGGCCGCAGACCAGAGAGAUGCUGUGGCUGAUGAUAUAUCUACGUUACAGGAUGAAAUAGAGUUCAUAAAGAAGAAACUUGCUGCUAUCAAUGUAAAAGUCGAUGAUUAUCAUCCUCCUGAAGGCGUGAAACCGAAGUAUGUUAAGAUUAGCAGUAAUAUUGAGGAAGUGGACGCACUCAACACUGAUAAAAAAGUCAGCAUCACGCAGAAAGAUGUCCCUAGCAAGGCUAAGCCCGAGCCUGGACAAUAG